UGUCACAUCACUACCUGAGACAGGCACUUUGCGCAUGCGCAGUCUUUUGUGCAGAAACCGAAAGUUCCUUAGGAAAUGUAAAUUCAUCUUCAGAAGUUUUGAAACAGACAAAAUAUCACACCACGUGUUUUACAUGCAGGUCUGAAGUCAGUUUCUCAUUAUGGAGAACCAAAAGAGCAGUGAGAGAUCGUCAUCUCCAGAUCCCAGCUGUGUGUCUCUGAAGAGUGACAUGUCAAUGCCUCUUCCUCCUUUAUUCAGUGAUGAACCAGUGACCUCUGACCCCAGGAGGAAGAGAUCGUCAUCUCCAGAACCCAGCUGUGUGUCUCUGAAGAGUGACAUGUCAAUGCCUCUUCCUCCUUUAUUCAGUGAUGAACCAGUGACCUCUGACCCCAGAAUCUCCAGGAAGAGGAAGGGACAAAGAUCUUCAUCUCCAGAUCCCAGCUGUGUGUCUCUGAAGAGUGACAUGUCAAUGCCUCUUCCUCCUUUAUUCAGUGAUGAACCAGUGACCUCUGACCCCAGGAGGAAGAGAUCUUCAUUUACAGAACCCAGCUGUGUAUCUCUGAAGAGUGGCAUGUCAAUGCCUCUUCCUCCUUUAUUCAGUGAUGAACCAGUGACCUCUGACCCCAGGAGGAAGAGAUCUUCAUCUCCAGAACCCAGCUGUGUGUCUCUGAAGAGUGACAUGUCAAUGCCUCUUCCUCCUUUAUUCAGUGACGAACCAGUGACCUCUGACCCCAGGAGUGUGUAUAGAGAUAAUCAGAGUGAGGAACAGGAUUCUCAUCAAACAGUGAAUGAUGAACUCCAGAGAGUCAAAGACAGAAACAAAACCAGCAUGAAGAACAAGUAUGAAAGAUUAUUUGAUGGAACAAAACUCCAAGAGAAUGAAACCCUCCUGAACAGGAUCUACACACAGCUCUACAUCAUAGAGGGAGAGAGUGAAGGAGUGAAUGAAGAACAUGAGUUUUUACAGAUGGACAAAAUGGCCAGAACACAACCCUCAAAAGAAACUCCAAUCUACUGCAAUGACAUCUUUAAAGCCUCACCUGAACCAGGAUGUGAGGAGAAAGACCAAAUCAAGACUGUUCUUACUAAAGGAAUCGCUGGAAUCGGAAAAACCGUCUCUGUGCAGAAGUUCAUUCUGGACUGGGCCGAGGGAAAAGCCAAUCAAGAUGUAGAUUUCAUGUUUGUGCUUCCAUUUCGAGAGCUGAACUUGAUCCGAGAUCAUCAGUACAGUCUUCACAGACUUCUGCUGGACUUUCAUCCUGAACUUCAAGAUCUGGACUCAAAGAUUUAUGAGGAAUGUAAAGUUGUGUUCAUCUUUGAUGGUCUGGAUGAAAGCAGAAUCAAACUGAUGUUUUCAGAUGCUCAGAAAGUUUCUGAUGUGACUGAGACUUCAUCAGUGGGUGUGUUGAUGUCAAACCUCAUGAAAGGAGAGCUGCUUCCCUCUGCUCUCAUCUGGAUCACCUCCAGACCAGCAGCAGCCAAUCAGAUCCCCUCCAAAUACAUCAACCGUCUGACAGAGAUUCAGGGAUUCAAUGAGCCUCAGAAGGAGGAAUAUUUCAGGAAGAGAAUCAGUGACGAGUAUCAAGCCAGCAAAAUCGUCUCACACAUCAGAAGAGCAAGAAGCCUCCACAUCAUGUGCCACAUACCCGUCUUCUGCUGGAUCUCAUCCACUGUGCUUCAAAAGCUCCUGCAAGAAGAUCUGAGUGCAGAAAUCCCCCAAACUCUGACUGAAAUGUACAUCCACUUCCUGCUGAUUCAGAUCAGCAUGAAGAAUCAAAAGUAUGAAGAGAGAGAUCCAGAGAAACUCCUGCAGUCCAACAGAGAAGUGAUUGUGAAACUUGCUGAAGUGGCUUUCAAGCAGCUGAUGAAGGGCAAUGUGAUGUUCUAUGAGGAGGACCUGAGAGAGAGCGGCAUAGACGUCACUGAUGCCUCAGUGUAUUCUGGGAUUUGCACUGAGAUCUUUAAGGAGGAAUCUGUGAUUCAUCAGAGGAAAGUCUACAGUUUUGUCCAUCUGAGUAUCCAGGAGUUUCUUGCUGCUUUCUAUUUGUUUUACUGCUAUUUAACAAAGAACAAUGAACCACUGCAGAUUUUUCUGCAUGAAUAUAGGAUUUCCAGAUUUUAUGAAGACUGUAUGUUUGGACUACAGUUUCUGGAUGCAAAAUCUAAACAUGAUCAUGAACAUAGAUAUGAUAACCAUGCAUCUGACUCUCUGUAUGAUCUACUAAGGUCAGCAGUAAUGAAGGCACUCAAGAGUGAGAAUGGACAGCUGGAUCUGUUCCUGCGGUUCCUGCUGGGCGUCUCACUGGAGUCCAAUCAGAGACUCUUACAGGAUCUUCUGACACACACAGAGAACAGCUCAGAGAACAUUUUAGAAAUCACACAGUACAUUAAAAAGAAGAUCAAAUAUAAUGAUCAUUUUUAUAAUCCCUCAGCAGGUCAAUCCAUCAAUCUGUUCCUCUGUCUGCUGGAAGUGAAAGAUCAGACUCUGUCCAGAGAGAUUCAGGAGUUUGUGAAAUCAGACAAACAGUCAGAGAAACUCUCUCCUGUUAACUGCUCAACAAUCGUCUACAUACUUCAGAUGUCAGAGGAGGUGCUGGAUGAGCUGAACCUCAGAAAAUAUAGCACAUCAGAUGAGGGUAGAAGAAGACUGAUACCAGCUGUUAUCAAAUGCAGAAAAGCUCUUCUUUCUGGCUGUAAUCUCACUGCUCAGCAUUGUGAAAUUUUGGCGUCAGCUCUUCAAUCCCCAAAUUGUGUCCUGAGAGAGCUGGACCUGAGUAACAAUGACCUGCAGGAUUUAGGAGUGAAACUGCUUUCUGAUGAACUGAAGAGUCCAAACUGUCAGUUGCAGAUACUGAGUCUCUCUGGCUGUAAUCUCACUAUUCAUUGUUGUGAGAGUUUGUCAUCAGCUCUUCAGUCCUCAAAUUGUGUCCUGAGAGAGCUGGAUCUGAGUCACAAUGAUAUGCAGGACUCAAGUGUGAAGCUGCUCUCAGAUGGACUGAAGAGUCCAAACUGUCAGCUGCAGAUACUGAGUCUUUCUGGCUGUAACCUCACUGAUCAGCAUUGUGAGAGUUUGUCAUCAGUUCUACAAUCCUCAAACUGUGUCCUGAGAGAGCUGAACCUAAGUAACAAUGACCUUGAGGAUUUAGGAGUGAAGCUGCUCUUUGAUGGACUGAAGAUUCCCACCUGUCAGCUGCAGAUACUGAGGUUGUCCGGCUGUAUGGUGACAGAGGAAGGCUGUGGUUAUGUGUCUUCAGCACUGAGUUCAAACCCCUCACACCUGACAGAGCUGGAUCUGAGCUACAAUCACCCAGGAGAUUCAGGAGUCAAUCUGCUCUCUGACAAAGUGAAGGAUCCAAACUACAAACUGGAGAUACUCAAUGUAAAUCAUGGAGGAGAGAUCAUGAUGACAGCCGGACUACGAAAGUAUGCCUGUGAUCUCACACUGGAUCCAAACACAGCAAACACUCGUCUCAUUCUGUCUGAUGAGAACAGGAAGAUCACAUGUGUGAAAGAUCAUCAGUCGUAUCCUGAUCAUCCAGAGAGAUUUGAUGAGUGGCCUCAGGUUCUGUGUGGAGAGAGUCUGACUGGACGCUGUUACUGGGAGAUUGAAUGGAGUGAAGAUGCUGAAAUAUCAGUGACAUAUAAAGGAAUCAGCAGGAAAGGAUUGAUUGACUGUUGGUUUGGAUUCAAUGACAAAUCCUGGAGUCUGGACUGCUCCAAUAACAGAUUCACUGUCCGUCACAAUAAGAAAAGAACUGUUAUACCUGUCAUCUGUUCAUCCUCUAAGAGAGUAGGAGUGUAUGUGGACGUGUCGGCCGGCACUCUGUCCUUCUACAGCGUCUCUGACACACACACACUCACACACUUACACACAUUCAACACCACAUUCACUGAACCCCUCUAUGCUGGAUUUACAGUUUAUCAUAACUCCUCAGUGUGUCUGUGUGACAUUAAACAACCUCCUGUGAGAAACAACAGUGAUACACACACAACCGGUGUGGAUCAUUGUGGAGAGAUCAGAAGUACAGCAGAACUACACAAAUAUGCCUGUGAUCUCACACUGGAUCCAAACACAGCAUACACUCGUCUCAUUCUGUCUGAGGAGAACAGGAAGAUCACAUAUGUGGAAGAUCAUCAGCCGUAUCCUGAUCAUCCAGAGAGAUUUGAUGAUGUUUCUCAGGUUCUGUGUGGAGAGAGUCUGACUGAGCGCUGUUACUGGGAGGCUGAAUGGAGUGGACGUGCUCGUAUAGCAGUGGCCUAUAAAGGAAUCAGUAGGAAAGGAUUGAUUGAAGACUGUAUAUUUGGAUACAAUGACAAAUCCUGGAGUCUGGACGGUUUUGAUGACAGAUUCACUGUCUGUCACAAUAAGAACAGCACUACGAUACAUUUUGUCCGUUCAUCCUCUAAGAGAGUAGGAGUGUAUGUGGAUGUGUCGGCCAGGACUCUGUCCUUCUACAGCGUCUCUGACACACACACACUCACACACUUACUCACACUAAACCCCACAUUCACUGAACCCCUCUAUGCUGGAUUUGCAGUUUAUCGUAACUCCUCCAUGUCUCUGUGUGACAUUAAACAACCUCCUGUGAGAAACAUCAGAGAUACACACACAACCGGUGUGAAUCAUUGUGGAGAGAUCAGAAAUACAGAAGAACUACACAAAUAUGCCUGUCAUCUCACACUGGAUCCAAACACAGCAUACACUCGUCUCAUUCUGUCUGAGGAGAACAGGAAGAUCACAUAUGCGGAAGAUCAUCAGCCGUAUCCUGAUCAUCCAGAGAGAUUUGAUGAAGUUUCUCAGGUUCUGUGUCAAGAGAGUCUGACUGGACGCUGUUACUGGGAGGCUGAAUGGAGUGGACGUGCUCGUAUAGCAGUGGCCUAUAAAGGAAUCAGCAGGAAAGGAUUGAGUGACUGUAUGUUUGGAUCUAAUGACAAAUCCUGGAGUCUGGACUGCUCUGAUGACAGAUUAACUGUCUGUCACAAUAAGAACAGCACUACGAUACAUUUUGCCUGUUCAUCCUCUAAGAGAGUAGGAGUGUAUGUGGACGUGUCGGCCAGGACUUUGUCCUUCUACAGCGUCUCUGACACACACACACUCACACAUUUACUCACACUAAACCCCACAUUAACUGAACCCCUCUAUGCUGGGUUUGCAGUUUAUCAUAACUCCUCCAUGGCUCUGUGUGACAUUAAACAACCUCCUGUGAGAAACAACAGUGAUACACACAGAAUCGGUGUGGAUCAUUGUGGAGAGUUCAGAAUUACAGCAGGAGUAUACAAAUAUGCCUGUGAUCUCACACUGGAUCCAAACACAGCAUACGCUCGUCUCAUUCUGUCUGAGGAGAACAAGAAGAUCACAUAUGUGGAAGAUCAUCAGCCGUAUCCUGAUCAUCCAGAGAGAUUUGAUGUUUCUCAGGUUCUGUGUGGAGAGAGUCUGACUGGACGCUGUUACUGGGAGGCUGAAUGGAGUGGACGUGCUCGUAUAGCAGUGGCCUAUAAAGGAAUCAGUAGGAAAGGAUUGAUUGACUGUAUGUUUGGAUCUAAUGACAAAUCCUGGAGUCUGGACUGCUUUGGUAAAAGACUAACUGUCUGUCACAAUAAGAACAUAACUGAGCUGCGUUUCAUUCGUUCAUCCUCUAAUAGAGUAGGAGUGUAUGUGGACGUGUCGGCCAGCACUCUGUCCUUCUACAGCGUCUCUGACACACACACUCUCACACACUUACACACAUUCAACACCACAUUCACUGAACCCCUCUAUGCUGGAUUUAGGCUUUAUCCUGAUUCCUCAGUGUCUCUGUGUGACAUUAAACAGCCUCCUGUGAGAAACAACAGUGAUACACACACAACCGGUGUGGAUCAUUGUGAAGAGUUCAGAAGUACAGCAGAACUACACAAAUAUGCCUGUGAUCUCACACUGGAUCCUAACACAGCAAACACUGAACUUGUUCUACCUGAUGAGAACAGGAAGAUCACACGUGUGGAAAAGAAUCAGCCGUAUCCUGAUCAUCCAGAGAGAUUUGAUGAGUGGCCUCAGGUUCUGUGUCAAGAGAGUCUGACUGGACGCUGUUACUGGGAGGUUGAAUGUAGCGGACGUGCUGAAAUAUCAGUGACAUAUAAAGGAAUCAGCAGGAAAGGAGGGAAAGACUGUUGGUUUGGAUUCAAUGACAAAUCCUGGAGUCUGGACUGCUCUAAUAAUAGAUUGUCUGUCCGUCACAAUAAAAACAUCACUAAUAUACCUGCUCUCCUUUCAUCCUCUACUAGAGUAGGAGUGUAUGUGGACGUGUCGGCUGGCAUUCUGUCCUUCUACAGUGUCUCUGACACACACACACUCACACACUUACACACAUUUAACACCACAUUCACUGAACCCCUCUAUGCUGGAUUUGGGCUUUAUCCUGAUUCCUCAGUGUGUCUGUGUGACAUUAAACAGCCUCCUGUGAGAAACAACAGUGAUACACACACAACCGGUGUGGAUCAUUGUGGAGAGUUCAGAAGUACAGCAGAACUACACAAAUAUGCCUGUGAUCUCACACUGGAUCCAAACACAGCAAACACUCGUCUCAUUCUGUCUGAUGGGAACAGGAAGAUCACAUAUGUGAAAGAUCAUCAGCCGUAUCCUGAUCAUCCAGAGAGAUUUGAUGAGUAUUUUCAGGUUCUGUGUGAAGAGAGUCUGACUGGACGCUGUUACUGGGAGGCUGAAUGGAGCAGAGGUGCUGUUAUAUCAGUGACAUAUAAAGGAAUCAGCAGGAAAGGAUGGAGUGAAGACUGUGUGUUUGGAUUCAGUGACAAAUCUUGGAGUCUGGAGUGCACUAAUAACAGUUUCUAUGUCUGGCACAAUAAGAACAGCACUUAUUUACCUGCGAUCAGUUCAUCCUCUAAGAGAGUAGGAGUGUAUGUGGACGUGUCGGCCGGCACUCUGUCCUUCUACAGCGUCUCUGACACACACACACUCACACACUUACACACAUUCAACACCACAUUCACUGAACCCCUCUAUGCUGGAUUUGGGGUUCAUUAUUAUAACUCCUCAGUGUGUCUGUGGGACAUUAAACAACCUCCUGUGAGAAACGACAGUGAUACACACACAACCGGUGUGGAUCAUUGUGGAGAGACCAGAAUUACAGCAGAACUACACAAAUAUGCCUGUGAUCUCACACUGGAUCCAAACACAGCAAACACUCGUCUCAUUCUGUCUGAUGGGAACAGGAAGAUCACAUAUGUGAAAGAUCAUCAGCCGUAUCCUGAUCAUCCAGAGAGAUUUACUGAUGUUCCUCAGGUUCUGUGUGGAGAGAGUCUGCCUGGACGCUGUUACUGGGAGGCUGAAUGGAGCGGAGAUGUUAAAAUAUCAGUGACAUAUAAAGGAAUCAGCAGGAAAGGAUGGAGUGAUGACUGUGUGUUUGGACACAAUGACAAAUCUUGGAGUCUGGAGUGCUCUAAUAACAGUUUCUAUGUCUGGCACAAUACGGACAGCACUUAUAUACCUGUCCUCCGUUCAUCCUCUAAGAGAGUAGGAGUGUAUGUGGACGUCUCGGCUGGCACUCUGUCCUUCUACAGUGUCUCUGACACACACACACUCACACACUUACACACAUUCAACACCACAUUCACUGAACCCCUCUAUGCUGGAUUUAGGGUUUAUCCUGAUUCCUCAGUGUCUCUGUGUGACAUUAAACAGCCUCCUGUGAGAAACAUCAGUGAUACACACACAACCGGUGUGGAUCAUUGUGGAGAGUGCAGAAUUACAGCAGGACCACAAAAAUAUGCCUGUGAUCUCACACUGGAUCCAAACACAGCAAACACUUAUCUCAUUCUGUCUGAGGAGAACAGGAAGGUGACGUGUGUGUUAAAGAAUCAGUCGUAUCCUGAUCAUAUAGAGAGAUUUGAGAAGUGGUGUCAGGUUCUGUGUGAAGAGAGUCUGCCUGGACUCUGUUACUGGGAGGCUGAAUGGAGUGGACAUGCUGAAAUAUCAGUGACAUAUAAAGGAAUCAGCAGGAAAGGAUGGAGUGAAGACUGUGUGUUUGGUUACAAUGACAAAUCCUGGAGUCUGAACUGCACUGAUAAUGGAUUCUCUGUGUGUCACAAUAAGAACAGGACUAAGAUACCUGCGAUCCGUUCAUCUUCUAAUAGAGUACGAGUGUAUUUGGACGUGUCGGCCGGCACUUUGUCCUUCUACAGCGUCUCUGACAUAUAUACACUCACACACUUACACACAUUCAACACCACAUUCACUGAAUCUCUCUAUGCUGGAUUAGGUGUUUAUGAGUGUAACUCCUCAGUGUGUCUGUGUGACAUUAAACAACCUCCUGUGAGAAACAACAGUGAUACACACACAACCGGGUUCUCUGACUCCAAACCUUCUGGGCUCAAUAUUCACCCACUGUUGAACUGUCAGUCUUGUGUCCAUAUAGCUGAUUCUGAUCAGUGGGUUCAGAUUGAGCCGUCGGCCUGUACAGAUGAAGGAGGGUCAAAGUUCAGGGUCAGCACUGACCCAGGCCGUUACGAGUGUGUCCGGACCAGAAUGCGAUCGGUCUGUGACUGUGACGUCACCCUUCAGUACUGUACCGUAGACGGACACUUCCUCAACACAGAGCUGGAGAGGCUGCAGUGCAACCGGAUCGGUCCAGUGAUUGACGUGACGGUGAUCUCAGGGAAACUGGAGGAAGUUCAUCUGCCCCAUUACGCCUGUUUAGGAGAGUCUGACCCCUCUCUCAGAGAUGCUGUGAAAGUCCUCAGCAUAAAAGACGAGGGAAUAACCACAGAACCUGUGCAGUUGACCCGAUUCCAUGCCAAGAUUGUCCAACCAUCCUUCUCUCUUAAAACAUUCAUUAUAAGUUUGAUAAUGCGAGUGGAUGAACACUGUGAUCUUCUUCUCUACAUGUGUUUUAAAGUUCCUCUCAUUCUACAUGUUUAUUUUUUUCCAGUUGAUGAUUGUGCAAAAGAAAAAAUUGAGAAGAAUGAAAAGUCAAGUUACCCAAUCAAGCAUCCCAGACCUGACAGGCCAUUUCGGAUGAAAACGCCACACAUUCUUGAUGUUCCUGGUGCCUCUAUUCAUCCCAAAGAAGGGAUCACACUCAGAAGAGAAACUGACCCAAACUUCUUCAAGAUCAAGACACGUCUGGAGAAUGAUCUUCAAAUGACUCUUAUCAGAAAGGAGGAUGAGGAGGAGGUCUGGACUGCAGUAUUUGAGAAAGAUGAACUUGAUCUGAUAAAUCCUAAGAGAGACGAGCCACGUCUGAAUAGUGAGGAAGAUAAAGCAAGAUAUUUCGAUAACCACUGGUCAAAUCUCAUUCAGAAAGUCGAAAAUGUUAAGAUCAUUGCAGAUAAACUGUGUCAGCAGCAACUGAUUCACAAGGAACAAUACUCAGAAAUCACACAGAGUUUAACCAGUCAGGAGAGCAUGAGAAAGAUAUGUGACAUUAUACGCAAGCACAGAGAUGAUGUGAAAGCUAAAUUCAUCUCAGUUCUUCAGGAAGAGAAGCUUUACCACUUUUGAACAUUGGUCUGAUUCACACUCUGGGCUCAAAACUGCUGUAAAACAGCAACAUCUGAUAAACCCAAGACCUCUUUAGUGAUGAUAUUGGAAAAAUAUUCCAUUAUCAAAAUAUACUUGGUCAGCAAAAGUGAUAGUAAAAAUAAUGUCAUUACUUACAUUUUUUGCAUGUCUGUUCUACAUGGCAGGUAAAUUAGUUCAAUGUCAAAGCAAAUUUAAAUCAAAAUUUAUAUUUGUCUAAACAUGUCAAAGUUAUUGUCAGUUAUGUUUUGUUCAAUGUUUUUUGGUUCUGUUCUCCCUGUGCUUGUCAUUUGGCCCAAUUUCACAGUGUGUCUGAUUAUUGAUUUUGUUCACCUGUUCUGUUAAUAAUCUGAUUAGUUCCUGUGUAUUUAUACUCCCUGUUUGGUUCUGUUCUUUGUCUGGUGUUAUACCUGAAUUGUGGAUGUGUUACCCUCGUUAUUGAGAUUAUCCAAUCAAAACCUGUUUCUUUGAAUUCCUCUUCUUCGUGCAAUUAGUAUAGCACCCACAUGUUACAUUCAUACUUGUACAUGCUUUUACACAAGUUUUAUACAUCAAGUUAAACUACAUAAAUAUGAGAAAUGUUUCCUUGGGAACUAGCUGAAAUUUUUACAUUUUUAUAUUUUAUUUCCUAUAUUAUGUCCCUUCUGCAUCAUGUAGCGUCUGGACCAAUCAGACACACAAUUAUUCAUUAUAUUUGAUGAAUAAUCCAGAAAACUCUCCCUCACAAGUUCUGUAUUAUAGGCAAACAUAAGCCUUAAGUUGACUUCCAGGAGAGGAGUCACAGAAAGUUCAAUUCCCGCACCACUCCUGUUCAACUUGUAUAUGGUCCCACUGAUCCAAAUAAGAAAGAACCAAAUUGCUUACCACAGCUAUGCAGAUGACACCCAGAUCUACUUAGCCCUAUCACCUAAGGACUGAAGCCUUAUUAAUUCCCUGUGCCAAUGCAUUGAUGAAACUAACAGUUGGAUGUGCCACAACUUUAUUCAGUUAAACAAAGACAAAACUGAAGUCGUGGCAUUUGGAAACAAAGAUGUAAUUUUCAAGUUGAACGCAUACCUUGACUCUAUAGGGUCAAAAAUACAUUAAAAAUCCAGUCAGGCCAUACAUAGAAUGCUGCUGCCAAGAUUCUGAGCAGUCACACCAGUCAUUACAUUUAGAAUUGGUUUUAAAGUACUAUUACUUGUUUAUAAAUCACUUAAUGGCCUAGGACCUCAAUACAUUACAGAUAUGCUCACUGAAUAAGCCUAACAGAUCACUCAGAUGCACUCAGUCUGCGUUUAGCUAUUAUGGAACCAGCUUCCUGAAGAGAUCAGAUGUGCUCCAACAGUAGUCACAUUACUGAAUGAACACAUCUUUUGUUUACAUCUUUGAAUGCAUAUGUGUAAUUCUAAGGUAACAUUAUACAUAUCUCUCUGUAGGUUCUCUGGCUGUACAGACAGAGGAAAGUUCAGGAUUCAAGCUUACAAACUGAAGGAUCCAAACUGUUGGAACACACUGCAGACACUCAAGUUAUACAGCAUGUGAUAGAAGGUGUGAAUAGACAGGCUGCGCGUCUCGUCCGCAU